GCAUGCGCACGGGAGUCGAAGGCUGUGCUCGCGGGGCGAGGCGCCGCGGCGGCCGUUGCUCAUUUGCAUGUCCCCGCCCCGCGCGGCCGGAGCUCAGGCUGAGGGAGGGGGCGGCGGCCGGCGCGGGCCAGCGGCGCCUCCAGGAAGCCUCUGGAGCCUGCACCGUGACCCGGCCGCCGGUCCCUGCCUGGUGUCUGUCGCCGUGCGUGGGGAUAUCCCUGGGAGCCACGCCUUCCGGUAGGAUUCCCCGGGCUUUGCCGGCUCGGCAGGCAGCGUGGCUCUCGACCCUCCUGCCCGCCCGGCUCGAGUCCACAGUUCUUCCAGCCAGGCUCCGGCUGCCCCCCCCCCCAGUGCCCGCGGGGCUGCGUCCACAACCGCAGCGGCAGCCUGGCCGGCCGGCCCUUGCUCUCCCCUCCCCGCCUGCCGGCCCCGGGUCAAGUCUGGACAGGAUGAGCCUUGGCCUCGACGGGCCCGACGUCUUCUCGCGGUUCGGGGUGGAGAUCAUCAAGUGGGCGGGCUUCCACACGGCCGGCGAUGACGCGCGCUUCGCCCAGCUCUUCGGGGCCCUGUUCGAGCUGGAGACCGAGACGUGCGCCAAGACGCUGGCCGCCUUCAAGUGCGCGCUGCGGCCCGAGCACCGCGACUUCUGCUUCUGCGCCGUGCAGCUGCUGCGCCACGCCGCCCUGAGGACGCCGCGCGUGGACGGCGAGCUGCUCGACCUGCUGCUGGCAAGCGGCGCCGUGCGCACCAAGCACGGCUUCUUCCAGGUCAUCAAGCCCUUCGACAAGUGCGUCAUGCGGCUGCAGGAGCGGCUGCUGAAGGGCGUCACGCCGCUGCUCAUGGCCUGCAACGCACACGAGCUGAGCGUGAAGGCGCGGGCGCUGGGCGGCGCGCGGGACCUGGCGUUGGCGCUCGACACCACCAACUCGCUGUGCCGCCAGUCCCUGGCACUGCUGGGCCAGACCUUCUCGCUGGCCUCCUCUUUCCGCCAGGAGAAGAUCCUGGAGGCCGUGGGGCUGCGGGACGGGGCGCCCUCCCCGGCCGCCUUCCCCAACUUCGAGGACUCGGCCCUGUUCGGGAGGGAGUACCUGGCGCACCUCAAGGCCUGGCUGCUGCGCAGCGGGCGGCCGCUGCGUGUCCGGGGGUCUGGCGCCCAGACGCCCCCCGAGGUUCCCUACGCGGCCGGCGGCGACUGCGCCGCCCCCCGCCGGGCCGACCCCAGAGCCGCGGACACCAUCGACCAGCUGGUCUCUCGCGUGGUCGCAGGCCGCCUGUCGCCGAGGGAUUGGGCGCGGCUCCCGCAGGAUCCCGCCUACUGGUUCCUGCUGGAGCGUGGCAGCCUGGAGUUCCGCUACUACGCGCUGAGGCUGGCGGAGGAGCGGCGGCGCUGCCGGGACCUGCCCCCCGAGGACCGGGAGCGGGCGGCCGCCACGUGCGCCGUGCGCGCCAUGCUCUACGCCCGGGCGGUGCGAGCCCUCAAGAGGCGACUGCUCCCCACGCCGAGGCGGGGGCUCCUCCGCACCCGCACCCUGGGGCCCCGCAAGGCCGGCACCCGCACGCAGACGCACCCGGCCCCCGGUGUCCGGCGGAAGCGGCCCCGACUGGCCAGAUCCCGAGAUGCUCAGGCCUGCCCGGACCCCAGACCUCAGCCCACCUCCCCCUGCCCGGCCCCAGAGGUUGCCGCCUCGAUGACAGCCGACAGGCCAGCCGGGUCCGUGGCGCCAGCAGGCCUUCGGGCCGAGCAGCUGAGCAGCAGAGAUGGCACCGACAAGCCCGACCUCUGGUUCCCGCACGACCGCAGCAGCCCGGCGGCCGUCAGCGAGAAGCUCCUGGGGCUCUGUCCCUCUGGUGCCUUCGCCCUGGCCCCUGGCGGGGAGUCUGAGGAGGAAGAGGAGGAGGAGGAGGGGCAGGAGGGGCCCGCAGCAGGGGGCUCUGAGGAAGGCGCCCCUGCAGCAGCCCAGGCCACCUCGGGGGGGCGCUACCCCCGGAAGAGGGUCAGCAGCAAGUCCCUGAGGGUCGGCCUGAUCCCGGCCCCCAAGAGGCUGUGUCUCGUCCAGGAGCCCGAAGGUGAGGCCCUCCCUCCUCUGGGGAUCCCCCUUCCCCUUCCCCUGCACCUGCCCUCCCACCUCUGCCUCCCCUCUGCCCUGUCUUCCAGUCCACGAGCCGGUUCGCAUCGCCUACGACAGGCCCCGGGGCCGGCCUGCAUCCAGGAAGGCGCCCAAGGACUUGGAGUUCGCACAGCAGAAGCUGACGGACCAGAACCUGGGCUUCCAGAUGCUGCAGAAGAUGGGCUGGAAGGAGGGCCUGGGCCUGGGCGCCCUGGGGGCCGGCAUCCGCGAGCCUGUCAGCGUGUAGAGGGGCGCCCUCGGAGGGCGCGGGGCUGGGCGCCCAGGGCCCCGAGCAGGAUGACGACACGUUCGACGAGUUCCGCCAGCGCAUGAUACGCGUGUACCGCCACAAGCGCGCAGGCAAGUAGCUGGACAGCCCCACGUGCCACCCGCCUCCCUGGCCCUGGGUUCCAGACCUACGAGGACGCCGCCCAGAUCCUGAGGGACGCUCCCCACGUCACAGAGCAAGUCUUGUCUCCUGAGAAGUCGCCGUGGGUCACCCUGAGCUGCAAUAAAGAGAGGCGGCCUCCA